AUGGCAUUUUUAUCAACCAAGUUCCCACUGUUUGAUAAAACGAUAUUCAUCUCGUUGCUUGUGGAUGUUGACCAACAUACACUUGAAGAGGUUAAAACAAAACUUAUAGAAGGAAAUAAAGAUUAUGAUUUUGCAUUUUUCAAUACUAAUUACAUAAUCUCCAAAGAGCAUCUACUCAAUGGCAUUCAUAGAGCUAUGAUAAAUUAUAAAAACGGUUCAGCCAAAUCAAAGACUUUAAAUACUGAAAUUAUCUUAAAUAUGAGUCCUGUGAGUAAUAUAAUGGAAGCGUUGAAAAGAUUUGGUAUUGAUAGUUCCAAAGAAUCAGCAAAUUUAUUAUGUGUGAAAGUUAUCGAUGAUGAUGAAUCAUUAGAGGAUAUAAACAAUACUUUAAUAACAAAUUUGGGAGUUUCAAAGGAUCAGAAUGUAGAGUUGACCGAUGACUUCUUAUUAAAAUCAGUUGAUGUGGCAAAAUUCAAGAAACUUUAUAAAUUGAACGACGCCAAAUAUAAUGACAAGAAACCUUUACAAAAUCAAUUGACAAGAUUAGCUAUAGGAGCUUGUUUGUUAAGAGGAACAUAA